AUGUUCAGUUUCAUCGGGCGCGGCGUUUUCUACAUCUUCAUCGGCAGCGUCAUCGUCGGCGACCGAUGGUGGAAAUACACGUCCGGCGCGCUGAUCGGCCUCGUCGGGCUCGCCUACGUCGUGCUCGAGUACAUCCCGUCCAUCGAGCCGCCGGCCAAUAUGCGAGAUGCUGAUGCCGGGUGGGGCGCUGAGCAGGUGUGA